GGUUUAAUAACUUCUGUGUAAUGAAGGUGAACGUUAUUUGCUCUGUUUCAGUUGGUGGUUAAUUAUAGCUUUAAAAUAGAAAGCGAUUAAAGGAUUGACCCAUGAUGCAGCAAGCGUAAUACUGAGCUUAAAACGACAAGCAAAUCCCACUACCAAUCCAAUAGAAACUGGAUUAUUUCAACUGUUGCUCAACGCACGAGCAGUGCAUAUUAUCCAAGGACUGGAAGCUUUAAUUUCUCAUUUUGUUGAUUUUAACCUGUUGUAACCUUUUAAAUCAUGGCUCUCACUUUUUUAUUCGAUGACCGUUUUCACCUCGAUCUGAACUUUAUGCGAACAAACAGCUACACGCUGUAGCAACAACCAAUGAAACCGCAGCCAGCGGCCUCCCGCUUCAUGCAAUUGGAUGCCGCGGCAGAAUAGGAACGCCCACUUGCAGCCGUAAAGAAGAAUAACGGGAAGAUCUUCCGUCGAUUUAACGUAAACGCUGCUACUUGAGAAAUUGCUCAUUCUGGAAGACAGUUCACGGGGAAUGUGCACAAAUGGCGCUUUCGCAGCUCGUUGCUACUUCUCAUUGCAGGCGAAGAGAAAAGAGUUUGAAGUUUUUUCAGCUUGUGUCAGAAGAUUUGCGAACUUGUGUCAGAUAAUAAGCCCCAUCUAGUUUCGAUGGAAUAUUCGCCUUUUUAUCCAAUGUAUUUUUCGUUUUGCAGCGAAAUACACGUUUAAUGUAGCUUAAAUGAUAAUUACUUUAAUUGCUGUUUAAUGUGCUUUUGAUACGACUCAGUUAUGGCAGGUGUUAAUAUGGAGACCUUUUCUCCGCUGACCGUGAAGGACUGUUGGGUCGUUGGGCUCGAGCGCUUCGCUGUCGGUGCUGCUGGAGAAGAAGAGGAGUUUUUCGAGAUUAGGAUCGAAUGGUCUGAAAAAAGCAUAACAUAUCUGCGAAGGAGAUAUUACGACAUAGUAAAACUUGUCAAGAAUUUAAGCAUAUCAUUUCCGGACGACAUAGAACGUUUGUCUCAAUCAAUGAUGCUUAAGGCACUACAGAGGAUAAAAGAAGCAGAGGAAAACAAUAACGUUAAAACGAGGUUGGAUGAAGUGGAAAAAUUACUAAGAAAUAUAAUCAAAAUGCCACAAAAGUUCUCUCACUCUGAGGCAGUUCUUACAUUUUUCAAGACUUCUCCUCUUGACUACACUUUGAAAACCAUGUAUGAACCAGUCCAGCCUCUCUACCAGAGUCCUGUCACUGUAGCUGAUGUAAGAAGGGCAAAUGGGUUUUGUUUGGCCAAUACAGAAACAGUUCUUUUUGAUCCGUAUUCACUAGCACAAGGAGCCGAAACAUCAACAAAGUGCAGCACUGAGAUUGAGUCCCAGAUGUGGACUGGAAUGAGAAUUGCAAAUGGGAUCAGAUGCAUCAAGGAAACUGCUUCAAGCAAUCUUGUCAAAGGCUUCAUGACUACUGGUACCCCUGAAAGCAAAGACACAGACUGUCAACCGAAAAUAUCACAGAUUACCACCAGCAAUGUGACCUACCUCGACCUACAAGCCUGUGAGACAGACAUUCUUGAAUGACAUAGGUCCCUCGACAAUGUAAUUACAGCUUUCUAGUGUGAAAUAAUAUUUUUUUUAAAAAAGGUUUAGUCUGUAAGAAUAAUAUUUUUGAAAUAAAAUAAUGCAUUUCUAUAGGAUUUCUAAAGAUUAACUUUAAUAUGAAUUAAAAAUAGUAAAAUGAAUGUUCUUUGGUUCAUUUGCUAGCAUUUAUAAAUUGUCAAUAUGUUUACGUGAUGACUGAUAUCUCAAGGUCACUGAAUGAAGUCAACCAAUUAUAAAAAAAUGUCAUAUAAAGUUGUUUUACAUUGUAUAGCGAAAACUUAUGUCGAUACCCAUUAUAUUUGGUUGCCAAUGUUGUAGGGUAAUACGUUACAAAUAAUCAGAUUUUUUUCAAGUGAUUAAUAAAGUAAUACAUUACUUAUA